UCAAAUCUUCCUCAGACAGACUUUUCAGUUUUCACCGUCCCAAACAAAAGCCAGGAAAAAGAUGGCAGCUCAGCUCACCGAAACGUAUGCAUGCGUACCCUCAACAGAAAGGGGUCGGGGCAUCCUAAUAUCGGGUGACCCGAAAUCCAAUUCCAUCCUUUACACAAACGGGCGAUCCGUUAUUAUCCGGUACCUUGACCGCCCGCUUGAAGUCGCCGUUUAUGUCGAGCACGCUUAUCCGGCUACCGUCGCCCGGUACUCUCCCAAUGGCGAAUGGAUCGCCUCUGCUGAUGUUUCGGGUGUGGUUCGGAUCUGGGGGACCCAUAACGACUUCGUUCUUAGAAAUGAGUUCCGGGUUCUUUCGGGUCGGAUUGAUGAUCUUCAAUGGUCACCUGAUGGGUUAAGGAUCGUUGCCUCUGGCGAAGGCAAAGGAAAAUCUUUUGUUCGAGCUUUUAUGUGGGAUUCUGGAACUAAUGUUGGAGAAUUUGAUGGUCAUUCAAGGAGGGUUUUGAGUUGUGAUUUUAAGCCAACAAGACCAUUCCGCAUUGCAACCUGUGGAGAGGACUUCUUGGUGAACUUUUAUGAAGGACCACCAUUUAAAUUCAAGCUAUCGCACAGGGAUCAUUCAAAUUUUGUCAACUGUAUAAGGUUUUCUCCAGAUGGCAGCAAAUUAAUUAGUGUCAGCUCUGACAAGAAGGGCAUACUCUACGAUGCCAAAACUGGGGACAUUUUAGGAGAGCUGUCAUCUGAGGAUGGUCAUAAAGGUAGUAUAUAUGCUGUAAGCUGGAGUCCUGAUAGUAAGCAGGUACUAACUGUGUCUGCUGACAAGACUGCCAAAGUAUGGGAGAUUUCUGAUGGUGGUAAUGGCAAGGUGAAGACUACGUUGACUUCUCCUGGAUCUGGUGGAGUUGAGGACAUGCUAGUUGGAUGUCUAUGGCAGAAUGAUCAUAUUGUCACUGUUUCUCUUGGGGGGACCAUUUCUCUGUUCUCAGCUAGUGAUCUUGAUAAAACUCCAGUCUCAUUUUCUGGACACAUGAAGAAUGUCAAUUCAUUAGCUGUGGUUAAGAACAACAAAAUCAUAUUGUCUAGCAGCUAUGAUGGUUUAAUAGUUAAAUGGGUUCAAGGCAUUGGAUAUUGUGGUAAAUUAGAGAGGAAAGUGAAUGCUCAGAUAAAAUGUUUUGCAGCAGUUGAAGAACAAAUUGUUACAUCAUCAUUUGACAACAAGAUUUGGAGAGUUCCUUUACUCGAAGAUCAGUGCGGAGAUGGAGAUUGUAUUGAUGUUGGCAGUCAACCGAAGGACUUGAGCAUUGCCCAUCUAUCUCCUGAAGUGGCCUUGGUCUCAAUUGAUACAGGAGUAGUCCUCCUUCAUGGUAUGCAGGUGGUGUCAACUGUUAAUCUUGGGUUUCCUGUAACAGCCUGUGCAAUAUCACCUGAUGGUACUGAAGCCAUUGUGGGUGGUCAAGAUGGUAAGCUGCACUUGUAUUCUGUAAAUGGCGAUAGUCUUGCAGAAGAGGCUGUUCUUGAAAAGCAUCGGGGGGCUAUUACUGUCAUUCGUUACUCUCCAGAUGUUUCCAUGUUUGCUUCAGCUGAUGUUAAUCGAGAAGCUGUUGUGUGGGAUCGUGCUUCCCGUGAGGUAAAGCUUAAGAAUAUGUUGUAUCACACUGCCCGUAUAAACUGCUUGGCAUGGUCCCCUGAUAGCAGCGUGGUUGCUACUGGAUCACUUGAUACCUGUGUUAUUGUAUAUGAUAUAAACAAGCCAGCAUCGAGCAGGAUAACCAUAAAGGGAGCUCAUUUGGGUGGUGUGUAUGGAUUAGCAUUCACAGAUGAACGGACUGUGGUUAGUUCUGGAGAGGAUGCAUGUGUUCGCAUGUGGAGGAUAACUCCACAGUAAUCGACAUAGUUUAGAAGUUAUACAGAUGCCAAAGUAGCAGACGGUGUUCAGUGUGCCGCUUUCUAUUUUCCUUCUGGGUUUUCUCUAGAUGCUUGGCUCUGUGGUCAAAGAAAAUUGAAAUUGGAAAUCCAACUGGGCCGAAGGUUUGAUAUAGCAUGCUACUUCAGUUGUUUCAUGCUCUAUUAACAGCCUUUAUAGUGAUACAAUUGUUUGCUUGAGGUGUGCCACGUUUGCUGCAUGAAGAUGGGGAAGAUUUCGGUACCAUUUGAAAUCAAUCUCGCAGGUGAAGAUUUUGGACACAGACAGAAAAAUUGCUGAGUUAAUGGCUUGCAGAGAUGUUAGAGGUGCAGCACUAAAACCAGUUGCAUGAUACCUUCGAUGAAAUGGACUUCAGGUUGAACAAUGUAGAACCUCUGGUGAUGCAAGGAUUUGUAUUUCUUCAUUUGCUUUUGCAUUUCCUUGGGAGCUGCCUCUCAAAAUCUCUAGGAUUUUGAAUUCAAGUUUUCUGGCGUGAUUUUGCUUCUUUCGGUCAAUUUGUAACUAGUUUCUGGAAAAUUGUUGGUAGCGUAAUCAAGUAUGAUCAUAGAGUCGUUGCUUAAUGCUCAAGUGGAUUUCUGGUGCUCCUCGUAUCUGAGGCGGUCUUGUGUAGUUAUGGUUUCUCUUUGGUUUCUUGAAAUUUUGAUUGAAACUUGCCGAUAA